ACUCAUUCCAUCAAGGGAAGGCAAUGAAACUGUUUCCUGUUGAAAGUUCGAGAAAAAUUGUAAGCUAAAUCGUUUAACAGAAAUAAUUCAAGAAACUUGGAAUGAAAACUAUUCUCAAGAUCAAAAUGGAACAUUAGGCCGAAUAUAACGACACAAAUACUUCGGAUAAAUCAGUCGCAAAUAGUAACUUAGGUAAAAUAAUAUAAUUAUGCCAAAAUCUUCGAAACGAAAAACUACUCCGAGUGAUGGCGAAGAAAUUCUCGCUGGUGACCGAAGUGAAGACUUGAAAGACAGACUUGGUUUAGGCGACCCUGCACCAGCAGACGACAGCACUGAAGACCCAACUGUGAUGGGGAAACGAGCCGAAGGGCUAAAAGGACUUGAAUCGCCCGACGAGUGGGAAAUCGUGGAAAGAAUUGGCGAAGGAACUUAUGGCGAAGUUUUUAAAGUUCGUAAUAUCAAUACAGGACAAUUCGCUGCCGCUAAAAUUAUUGAUUCGAUUCUUGAAAAGGUCGAGGAAGUCUUACCGGAACUUGAAAUAUUCAAAAAGUAUUCAGAUCAUCCGAAUGUUGCUGGGUUUUAUGGAGCAUACAUCAAACGAGAAGAUCCCAAAAGACAAGACCAACUUUGGCUUGUCAUGGAGUUAUGCCGUGGUGGGUCAGUCACUAAUCUCGCUAGGAAUCUUUUAAGGCAAGGCAAAUAUCUGGAAGAAGAUCUCAUUGCUUACAUUCUUUAUGAAGCUAUCAAGGUACAGUGAAAUUUU